AUGCAAAACGCUUGGGAGGCUAUUUAUUUCGUAUAUUCAUUUACGUACCUGGUCGGUAGAACAUGCACCGUAUCUUUAUACGCUGCGUCGAUUAACGACCAAAGCAAAAAGCCUAAAGCUGUUUUAUUUUCUGUACCCGCGGAAAGUUAUGGGGUAGAGGUAAAUUUAAGAUUGAUUUAAAAUACUCAUAAAUAAUUAUUUCCCCAAAGAUGAAAAUGUUUUUAAAAAUAAAAACGCGGUUAAAAAUAAAAAAAGCUAUUGUGUGUUUUAUUUUUGAAACAAAUUUUUAUUCUAUUUUUGAAUAUACUCAAAUUUUAAAAAUGUCCUAAAAUGUAGGUAUGUCUAUAUUUGAGUUGUUAAAUAGCGUUAUAACGAAUCAUAUAUUUGUUUUAUUUUUUGAUGACAGGUAGCAAGAUUUUUAACACAGGUAACAGCUGACGAGUUAGCAUUGACAGGAUGCAAUUUCUUUUCAGUCACUCGGACAUUAAUGUUAACG